CUCUCCUUCCUUUUAAUGGUGAGGGGUAAUAUCUUAGUUUCCAUUUUUUCCUCGACAAAGUUUUUGGGUGUUUUCACAAUCUCACUUUCUCUCUACAUGCAAAAUCCAACCUUCACAACACCCUAACACAAACAAACAAAAAUCCCAUCCUCCAUCUCUUUCCCAAUCCCAUAGACCCGAAAAUCUCUGCUCCUUAAUUCUUCCUCCAUUUCACCUUCCUUUUCAAUGUUUUGGUUGUAAGGGAAGAAUGAAAUCAACCCCAUUUCCUUUUUCAUCAUCAUCGUCGAAUAACAACAAUGGUUCAACCGGCACUGGAGGAGCGCCUCCUGGUUCUCAUUUUUACGGGAAAAGGGACAAACAAACUUUAAACAUAAUCAUGGCGAAGGCUUUGCCUUGCUUGUUGUCCACAUUCGCAAUAACCACCAUUUUCACCUUCUUCCUCUACUCCCCUGACCCUUUCAAUCUCACUCCACCUCCCAAACAAACCCAAACGCAACGACAACAACAGGGUGGAUAUGAUCAUCAUCUUCUUGAUCAAACCAUCUCGUUAAAACCGCCAACAUCGCCUCCCAAUCUAAAGGUGGAGGAGAAUUGUGAGCUGUUCAAGGGACGGUGGGUGCCCGAUCAUGAAGGUGCGAGGUACAAUAAUUGGAGCUGCCCGACGAUGCCAGACUCCAAGAACUGUUUCAGGCAUGGGAGGAAGGACAAAGAUUUCCUCAACUGGAGAUGGAAGCCAGAUGGUUGUGUUCUUCAGAAGUUUGAUCCUAAAGCUUUCUUUGAGAUUGUGAGAGGGAAGGCGAUGGCAUUUGUUGGGGACUCUGUUGCCAGGAAUCAUUUUGAAUCACUGCUCUGCCUCUUGUCCCAGGAGGAAGCACCAGUAGAAGCCUACAAGGAUGCCGACGACAGGAACAGGAUAUGGCAUUUCCCCAAGCAUGAUUUUAUCCUGAAGGUCAUCUGGACCAAGUUUCUGGUCGCCGGAGAAGAAAGGAUGAUCAACAGCACGACAUCAGCCGGCAUCCAUGACUUGUACCUCGACAGGCUGGACGAGAACUGGGCUCGAGACCUGCACGCCUUGGAUUACGUGAUCAUCUCUGGAGUGCAUUGGUUCUUUAGGGCCAUAUACCUCCACCAGGAUUCCAAGGUGGUGGGGUGUAUCUACUGCAACGAACCAAACGUGACCAACUGGGACGUCAAAGUGGCAGUGAAGAUGGCCCUCAGGGCAGCUCUCGACCGGAUAAACAACUGCAAGGAAUGCAAGAAAACCGUCGUCGUGGUGAGGACAUUCUCCCCGUCUCACUUCGAGAACGGGUUGUGGAACACUGGCGGGACCUGCAACAGGACAGGGCCUGCCAGGGAGUUGGAGAUCGACUCAGGGAGGGAUGUUUAUGAAGUGAGAGACAAGCAGGUGGAGGAGUUUCAAAGAGUAAGAAAAAAAGUUAAGAAGGGGAAGAAGUUUGGAGUGUUGGAUAUCACUCGGGUUAUGAGGGUGCGGCCCGACGGACACCCAGGCUUAUUCUGGGGGAACCAGUGGAUGAAAGGGUACAGCGACUGCGUUCAUUGGUGUUUGCCGGGUCCUAUCGAUGUCUGGAAUGAUUUCCUGCAAGCAAUUUUGACGAGGCUGAGAUGAUCGACAUUCUUUGGUUAACUAGAUUAGAUUAUAGCUGCAUAGUAUAGGAAUUGAGUGAUUUAUUUUCAUCAGUUCAUAGAGGCAUAGUAAAAAUUGAUUGUUUCAGCUGAGGGACAAAUAAAAGUGAGUGAGAGAGAGAGAUGUAAAGAUAUAUGCAGAAAGCAAAUUCUAAAUAGUACAUUAUGCAGUGAAAGAAGACUAGAAGAGCGAGUUUUGUUAUGCUGUCAGUUCUGGUUUUUACAGUGUAAUAAUGAAAUAUUGCCGAAGUUAGGGA